CCCCCGGAGCCGCUGCCCGGGGCCGUGCCGGCCGCUGUCACCAAAGUGCCGCGCAAGGCCCGGACGCUGGAGCGGGAGGUGCCCAGCGCCGAGGAGCUGCUGGUGCCUGGAAAACACCGCGGCGCUCCGAGCUGCCGCCUCCCGGCGCCCCCCAGCUCGCACGGCCACCGCGCUGCCCCCCAAGACACCGGGGACGACGCCAGGAAGCCGCGGCGUGUCCAGCAGAGCAAGAACUGGACCUUCCCCAACGCCAAAGCCUGCGGUGCUGCUGACCCCUUCGUGUGUCCCCCCGGGGGGCUGGAGGGGCUGCAUCGGCCUGUGCAGGCCCCCGUGUGCAGCCCAGCAGGGCAUCGGGGGGCAUCCCCAGAAGCCCCCCCACCUCUGCCCCCUGCCCUGAGCACGAGCAGCAGCCGGACCCCCAGCGCCUCGGACGUGGGGGACGAGGGCAGCACGGAGGCUCGCUCCCGGGACGGGGGGCACGGCCCCGCCGGGCUGGAG